AUGUUCAAGAGAAGUUUUUCUACAGCAGUGCGUACUCUGAAGAAUUAUGAUGAUUCCAUACUUCAAAAAUAUUAUUCCCCUGAAUUGAUCAAAUCUAUCAAAAUAAGUCAAGAAUUGAUACCAUCAAAUGUUAAAUUUAAAGCUUCAAAUAAUGUGAAAUUUAGUCCACCUUAUUAUGAUGAUUUCAGCAAGAUUGAUAGUUAUUGGGAUUAUAAACCUGGUUUGCCAAAUGCGCAUACAAAUGAUGUAAGUGAAAUUACUACAUUUGAUUGGGAUGAGGUUCACCAACCUUUACCUGGUAAUGGUAGAGUAUUACCUCCAGGUGUAUCUGAAUCAAAGUUCUCGUCAGAAAAUUCAGCUGAAAGUAGUGAUUCGAACAUGGGGGACUCAAAAAUCUACGAAAUAGCAUCAGGUUUAAACAAACAAUCCGGUUUGAAUAUGGAUUACAUUUCUAAGAAAUUAAUUAUGAAGCCAUUAGUAACGAAAAGAGUAUCAAACCAAACCGCAAAAGGUAAAAUUGCAUCAUUCUACGCUCUGGUUGUAGUUGGUGAUCGCAAUGGUAUGGUUGGCCUAGGUGAAGGUAAAUCAAGAGAUGAUAUGUCAAAGGCAAUUUUUAAAGCUCAUUGGGAUGCUAUCCGUAACUUAAAGGAAAUUCCAAGAUAUGAAAACAGAACCAUUUACGGUGACAUUGAUCACAGAUAUCAUGGUGUUAAAUUAUUCUUAAGAAGUGUUAGACCAGGUUUUGGUCUAAGAGUGAACCAUAUUAUUUAUGAAAUCUGUCAAUGUGCUGGUAUUAAGGAUUUAAGUGGUAAAGUCUACAAGUCUAGAAAUGACAUGAACGUUGCAAAGGGUACCGUAGAGGCAUUAGUAAACUCUCAAAAGACUCUAGAUGAAAUCGCAUUAGGUAGGGGUAAAAAAAUUGCCGAUGUGCGUAAGAUUUACUAUUCUAACUGA